AUGCGGAACAGUGUCUGGUAUAUGGCCGUAUGGAAGCUCGCGAUCAAAAUGGAUUGGACGAAUAACGAUGAUAUUCGUUACAGUUACAGGCAUGAUGUCCCAGGCAUGGGCGCAAUAAACGGACUGUUUUGCUACGUUAUAUUCACCUCAGUGGCGAUUACGCCUCGUGUUCUCGACCUUAUUUCACCGAAAAACGAAUCGCGUGGGGUUGACUUCAUUUAUCCUGCAUACUACGGUCUCGACGAGGAGGAACAUUAUUACAUUCUGAUGGGUCACAUGCUCUGCGUGAUAACUGUAGUGUUUUUCGUGUACAUCUCCUGUGACACGAUCUACAUGAGCAUCGUUCAACACGCGUGCGGAUUACUGAACGUCUCUGGGCAUUGCUUCAAGUGGGCAGUGGAAACUGUGAUUACCAAGAACGAGAAGAUGCACACCGAAGUGGACGACACGUAUAGAAAAGUGCGCCAUUCGAUCAAGGCUCAUCAACACGCUAUGGAGUAA